AUGAAUUGUGCAAGCUUCGUUGCUGGUCGAAAUGAAAAACAAUCAAAUUCGCUAUUACCAUUCAGUAAUUUCAGACAUUUAAAGCGGGCAAUAAGUGAUGAUGAUGAUAAUACUCAAUUAAUUCAACAAUUCCAAUUGGAUCGUAGUGAUGACGAGGAUUAUUUGGAUGAAAAACAACAUCGAUUGUUGAAAUUAUUAACACUUAACAAAAAACAAAUGCAGAGAAAAUUUGAAGAAGAUUAUGAUUAUUUAGAUAAUGUUGAUACCAUAAAUAAACAACUAUUCUUUUCUCAACCUGACAGACGACUGGUUCGAAAUCGAAAACCAGAAUAUCAAUAUGGACGAAAAUCGCAUUGGGAUACGUUUUUUGGUUGA